AUGUCUGCACCUACUACCAUGAAGGCGGUCGUCAUCCAGGGCCCCGAAAAGGUCGCCGUCGUCGAACGACCCAUCCCCACGCCCGGUCCGGGCGAAGUGGUGGUCAAGGUCAGCCUCGCCGCGCUGUGCGGUUCGGACCUGCACAUCUACCGCGGCCACCAGCCCGUGCCGCACUACGACUUUGUGCUGGGCCACGAAUUCGUCGGCUCGGUCCACACCAUCGGCGAGGGAAUCAAGAACUGGAAGCAGGGCGACAAGGUGGUGUCGCCCUUCACCGUGUCGUGUGGCGACUGCUUCUUCUGCAACCGCGGCCAGACCGGAAGAUGCACCCAGUCGCGCGUGUUUGGCAGUGUGCCCCUCGACGGUGCGCAGGCAGAGUACGUCCUCGUGCCGCUCGCCGAUACAACCCUCUACCCGAUCCCCGCCGACGUGCCCGACGAAAUCAUGCUGCUCACCGCCGACAUCUUCCCCACGGGCUACUUUGUCGCCAACAACGCCUACACCAUGCUCAACGAUGCCGAGCGCAAGGACUCGGUGGCGGUCGUCAUCGGCUGUGGCCCCGUCGGCCUUUGUGCCGUCACGGCAGCUUGCUCGUUCUUCAAGACGGUCUAUGCCAUCGACAGCGUGCCCGAGCGUCUGGCCGAAGCCAAAAAGCACGGCGCCAUCCCGCUCCACCUCACCGACGACGACUGCGUCCAGGUGCUCAAGGACGCCACCGAGGGCCGUGGAGCCGAUGUGGCGCUCGAGGUCGUCGGAGCAGAGGAUGCGCUCAAGCUCGCCGUCAAGAUCGUGCGCAACUUUGGCGUGGUGUCGUCGUGCGGCAUCCACACGCACGCCGUCACGCUCGAGGGGCUCGAUCUGUACAACAAGAAUCUGCGCUUCCAGUUCGGCCGCUGCCCCGUGCGCGCCGUCUUUGACCCGGCCGUCAAACUGCUCGCCAAACACCACGACCUGUUCGGCAGCUUCAUCCAGCACACCCGACCCAUCGAAGACGCACCCGAGUACUACAAGCUCUUCAACGACCGAAAGGUGCUCAAGACCGUCUUCAAAAUGCAGCACUAA